AAUCAACAUGGCCUAACUGUCAAUGGGUCACCCAUUCCAUUUUAUUAAAACCAUGUCUUCCUGCAGCUGUGGACCCUCCUGUUAACCUGAUCGUUACUGACGUCACUGAAGAAGGGUUCAACGUCACGUGGUCUCCGUCCCUUGACCCUGACCGUCAUGGUUACCAUGUCGUGGUGUCGAAGCUGGACAUGACGACAGCUGUCAAUCAAAGCACAGACAAGGCGUCAUUCCCGGUGAGUGGACUGUCGCCAGAAACUGAUUACGUCAUCAAAGUGACAUCACUGGUCUUGUCGGGCGGAUGGAGGUCACAGAGCGAGGAGGCAGUCAUACUCGCAGCCACAGGAGCUCGCUCCUCCACAGACCUGCAGUUCGUUGAAGUGACCGACUUCAUGGUCGCAUUCACCUGGUCACCCCCUGACGCGGCCGUGACCGGGUACCGAGUCAUGUACGGACAGGAGGAUGCGACGGAGCAGCUCAGCCCCUCUCCCGGACCAGGGAGUAGAUCUGCAGUCAUCGUAGGACUACGCUCGGAGACGAUGUACAAGGUGGAGAUCACUACAAUCGGAGUUUACCGAGAAAGUUCGCCACUAGUCGGCCAGAUCAAGACUGCCGCUGCUCCCACCACACCCAACCCUGCUGCCGGACAGACGAGUCGGAUGACCACCACUCUGUCCAUGAGCACGUCGUCCUCAUCCUCCACCACUCCAGCGAAGACUACACGAGACCAAGGGGCGUCUGCCGACGAUGAAGAAAUCGACAGUGUUGAUUUGGGUGGCAUGGACACUGAAGGCGUUGACAGCGGUUCCUAUGACUACUCUGAUUCCCAAGACAGUGGUUCCUAUGGUGACUCUGAUGCUGAACGACCAGUUCCCACAACGGAGUCAAACAAAGAUGCAACAACUGGGAAAAGCAGCAAAUCACCUGGUGACGUCAGGACAACGUCAUAUCAGGCUGCUGGAGAUGCUGUGGAGAUGAUGGAGACGACAACAGCUGCUGAGGAAAAUGCAGAGGACAAGGCGCUGGACCUUCUCGAGUCCAUUACAACCACGCUGGACGAGGUGGACAUGUCCGACCCGGCAACUCUCGAGUCUGUGGGAGGAUCUCUGCUGGAGUCCGUAGGUACCCUGCUCGAGGACCCAGAGACAGAUGCAGAAGAAGCUGCCGAUGAUGGUGACCCCAAGGCUGACCCCGCUGAAGACGAGAGUCUCUCUCCAGAGGAACGCCUGCAAAAGACUGGACAACAGAAACAGGAGGAGCAAGCUAAGAGACGAAAGCUUGUCCAAGAAAGUCGCCGGGUCCUAGAGAAGAUGGAAGAUGCCAUUGUCCAAACCCUGAAGCCUGGAGCGCCCGCCGUCACCCUGUCAAGAGGCGGGGUCACGCUGAGCGCUCAGAAGGUUUCAGGCUCCGAAUUCGGAAGCCAGGAGGUGCGGACAGGUGAUGGAGGCUUCCAGCUUCCAUCUCAAGCGGCGCUUUUCUCGGAUUAUACACCACACAGCGUCACUAUUAAACUGAAGCAGUUUGAAGAAAACCCGUUCACCUGGGGGACCGGAGAACGCCAGGUCAGCUCCACAGUCAUGGAACUUUCGCUCCAACAGAACAACAUUAACGAAGCUCUGGCCUUCAACAACCUCACCGAGGACUUCGUCAUCACCAUUCCCGGAAGUUCCAAAAACAAGAUGGCGACAAAGAACAUAACCUUCUAUUCUCGCGGAAACAAAACCGCAGUGUAUCAUUUCUAUAAUCUCACCGACAUGGCAGAGGGAUUCAUGGUCACAAUAAUACCGUUAAACACGAGUGUGGUGUACGGCGUGUCGGGCAGGUACGACGACCGUCCUGACGACCAGAACUACAGCGUGUCCAUGGAGACGUACGUUCUUCCCGAGCAGUGUGCCUUGAUGAAAACCCUGAGUGGCGAUGAAGACGACGUGGACAAGACACAGGCAACGAUGUUCAUCAAGGGGCAGAGGGACCCAGCGCAAUACUACGUCAAAGUUCGAAUUUUAGGUCCGGCGACCGAGUGCGGCGAUGAGGAAGAGACUGACUUGUGGGAUUCAGAGGAAGGUGGCUUUUUCGCCUACGAGAUCCAGUGGGCCCGUUUGCGCUGUGUUUAUUGGAACGAGACUCAGGAAACCUGGCUGACUGAUGGCUGCGCGAUCAGCAACAAAUCCACCAUCAACAGCACCAUCUGCCACUGCAACCAUCUCACCGCGUUCGGAAGUGACGUCAUCACGCCGCCCAGCAAGGCCAACUUCGGGGAGCUGAAGUUCAGCGAUGUGGGGGACAGCGGCGCAGUCGUGACGGCUGUCUGCGUGGAGUUCUGGAUCUUCGUGCUCACAAUGGUCGCCAUCAAAGAGAUGGCGCGAUGGAAGAAGAAGCUAAAUGAGCUGGACGACCUGCAGCACGGUGACCCGGCCCACCUCUACAUCCGGGCAGGUGCCGCUGAGAACGCUGGAAAGGAGUCCAGCAUUGCCUUCAAGCUGUUCGGGGAUGCAACGACCACUUAGAGUGGCCCACGUGCAAAAGAAGAAGAUUUUCACACGAGGCAGUCAAGUGACGCUGAAGUUCAGCACAUCAGAACAGCUGGGUGAUGAGGCGAGCUGCUGCCGAUUAUGCAUGACAACCGUGUUUGUAAACUUUUGUCGAUAUUUGCUUAAACUUUUCUCUAAGCAAAUUUUGUUUUAUAACUACUUGAAUGUCCUGAAGUCGCGCGCUCGGCUAGAAAGAUUAUGCAGGACCUGAUGCGUGGAUGCGUGAUCUUGCAUGUAUACGUAUCACCUGCAGUUUUGAACCUAUGGCCAGAAGAUAUGAUGUUACAGUUAGGUCACUGCAGGUUUGCUUCUUUGCGUCCGUUACAUGACACCAUGCUAUUGUUUGAAUGAAGAUAGGUAAAUAAUGGAAAUGGAUCUUGGUUAGCAUUUGGAAGGUUGAAAUGGUGACUGUCUAAUGGCGAAGCCUGUCGUUUUUUGUUUAUAGAAAAAGUGUACGUGUGCAUGUGUGUGUGUGGAGAGGGGGUAAUGUUUGCUAUUGUUAUCAUGCGUAUGAAGUUACUCAACAAUAUUUGUGUGUGCAUUCAAUGACAGUUUACAUAUCACCAUACUGUUGUUCGAGUGAAGGUAAAUAGUGGAAUGGAUCUUGGUUAGCAAUUGUUGUGUAAGGUUGAAACUGCGAAUGUCUUAUGACGUCUUUUUUGUUUAUAGAAAACGUGUACGUGUGUGUGUGGGGGGGGGGGCGUAGGGUAAUGUAUAUUACUGCUAUCAUAUGAUAUGUGGCGAGGAUGAGUGAGUGAGUAAUAAGUUACUCAAAUCUAUUUCUGCGUGUGCACUCAUUGACUGUUAAAUAUUGCCAUACUGCUGUUUGAAUAAAAAAGUCAAUAAAAACUGCAUGUAUAAUAAUAUGGUAGUCAAAGUGUUUUAUAAAGAGGAACAUUUAGUUUGACGUCUGAAGGUUAUUGAGAUGAUACUCUACACUCUAGUUUGAUUAAAGAUAACUGUUGCUAUGUCCGUGCAGAGGCGCCACCUAUCGAGAGAGUUUAGAAGUGUAUUUAUGAUGGCCACAGGAUCAACUGUGAGAACGUACACAUCAACCUAGCUAAUACACCCUAUCCGGUGAACAAAUAAUUGAAACCUUCAAAACUUUUAAUAGAUGUUUCAUCUAAAACUAUAGCUGUUUACUAAAGAGUCAUUUUGAAAAUACACAAAUACACAUAGCCACACACAAUGUACACACACAC